AUGAAUAAGAAUCAGCUAAAAGAACUCUUAGAUGAAUUGAUAAUAUUGUUUAUAAAAGUAUCAACAACUAUUACUGAUUUGAAAAAAGAUCCAACUAAAAAAAGAGAAUUAACUUAUAUAAAAAUCAAUGAUCUGAAAUGGCCUAAAAAGGAAAGAAUUAUGGAUAAUAGAGACAAAAGUGGUAAUAUCUUUGAUAAGUUCACAUAUAAGGAUGAAGAGCUAAACAAAAUCAAAGGAUAUAUUACAGAAGAGUUCACUUUGAAUGAAAUGAAUUUAUAUGAAAAUCUAUAA